AUGCUUGCUCUUCGCACACUCGGUACAGUCCGACUUCAUUCUAUUCGAUGUGCUACGACAUAUAGUCAGAUUCCCACCCAUGCGGGCAAGACGCCUCCAACCCUUGAGGAGUUCGACCCCCUCAAUCCUGGAGAAUGGCAGCUCGGAGCUGCUGGUAAAAUUCUUCCUCGUCUCCCUGAGGGAACAAGAGUGGGCAAACUCGUGAUGGGCAAGUAUGGUUUGUACGAUCCUCAGUUGAGAAAGAGGGUUGAAGUCUAUUCGAAAGCCCUUCUUGAUGGAAAGAAGUCUGAAGAGGCAGGUCCGUUUGAUCGAGCUCUAACCAAAAUGGUGAAGUUGUUUGGUUUCAUGUGCCUAAUCAUCGGCAUCUACAACCUUUUCACCCUCGCUUACGGAAAAUUGCUCCCACCGUAUACCUACUUGAAGGAAUCGAAGUAG